ACUCUACUGCUAGCAACGCCCCUGGUGACAGCAAAUAUUUACACUGCACGGUAUCCCCUGUGUAAAGGCAGUGUAAGUGACAUUGCAGCCAGGAAAGGGUGAUAUCCAGUUAAGCUAACAACGCAGUCAUGAAAAGGCUGCAAGGGGCCUCCGGGUGACUUGACAGCUAAAGCUGCCGUCCUUUCAGCUUGUAGAUGACGACUGAUGAAAUGAUGGAUUGAAGGUUGAAGGCCGUCUCUCCAGUGUUUGUGUGUCGUUAGAAUGAGUGACGUGAAUUUGCUGAUACUCAGAAAUUCAGGCCCCGCCAUGCCUAUAUGACAGAUGGGUAUUUAGCAAGAUCCAUCUGAAGGUGCAGCUCCUUGUCAAAACCUAAGUGUACAUUACAGUGACAUCAACCAUGUUUUGGAAGUUUGAUUUGCACACAUCCUCUCAUCUGGAGGCUUUGCUGGACAAGGAGGAUGUCACACUCACUGAGCUCAUGGAUGAGGAAGAUGUUCUGCAAGAGUGCAAGGCCCAAAACAGGAGACUUCUCCAGUUCUUGUGCCAGGACCAGUGCAUGCAGGAUCUGGUUCAUAUGAUUACAACAGAGCCCCCUGCUGGUGCAGAGGAGACAAAGCGCUUCAAGUAUCCAAAUAUAGCCUGUGAGCUGUUGACAUGUGAUGUAGGAGUGAUCAACGAUAAGCUGGGUAAUGAGGAGCCUCUGUUGGAAAGUCUGUAUGCUUUCCUGGAGCAGCCAUCCCCGCUUAACCCCCUUCUGGCAUCUUUCUUUAGCAAGACAAUUGGGAACCUCAUCACACGGAAGACUGAGCAGGUAAUUAGUUUCCUGAGGAAGAAGGAGGGAUUUCUGUCCUUGGUUCUGAAGCAUAUUGACACAUCAGCCAUGAUGGAUGUUCUUCUACGUCUUAUCAGCUGUGUGGAGCCUCCUCCGCUUCGCCUUGAAACUCUUACAUGGUUGAAUGAACAGAAACUGGCCCAGAGACUCAUAGAGCUCAUUCACCCUGAGAGAGAUGAAGAGAGGCAAUCCAAUGCUUCGCAGACUUUGUGUGACAUCAUCCGUCUUAGCAGAGAUCAGGCUAGUCAGCUUCAAGAUAUUUCACAGCCUGACCCUCUGCUGAUUGUGCUGGAAUCACAGGAAUGUGUUGAGCAGUUGCUGCAGAAUAUGUUCUCUGGAGAGAGGACUGAAAGCUGUAUCGUCUGUGGGAUUCAAGUUCUUCUGACCUUACUGGAAAUACGGAGGCCUGUGGUGGAUGGUGUAAUGGAUGCUCAGGGAUUUGAGAGGAGUUACACUGUUAACAGCAGUAUCUUACUGGCUAUUCAGCCACACCUGAUGCACUUCCACCAACUACUUCUAGAGCCACUCAAGCGAGAUCCUAUGCUGACUACCCUGGGUGUGCUGGAGGAACCUUUAGGGAACACACGUCUACACAUAGCCAGACUUGUGGCCUCGCUUCUUUAUACAAGCUCUGCCAGCCACGCAGUGGUAGCACAGGAACUUUGCAGACUCAAUACCAUGGACCUCCUCCUGGACUUGUUCUUUAAGUACACAUGGAACAACUUUCUGCACCUCCAAGUGGAGCUUUGUGUCGCUGCCAUCAUCCGGCCUUGUGCCCAUGAAAUGAGACUUCAGCCUGGCUUGAGUGCCCACGAACAAUUCAAGACUAAUCAAGAUGCAUCACAAGAGCAAAAUUUGAUCGAAGCAGCAACUUCUGAACCUCCAGUUACCUCUGAUAACUCUGCCCAUAACUUAAUGGUGACUCAUUUGUUCCAGCACUGCCACCUUAUUCAGAGGAUUCUGGAAGCUUGGGAGGAGAACAGCAAAAUUCAGUCAGACGGUGGUAUGAGAAGAGGGUACAUGGGACAUCUGACAAGGAUUGCUAACACAGUGGUUCACAACCUAGAGAAAGGCCCGGUUCAUACCCAGAUUAGUAGCCUCAUUACAGAGCUACCAGAGGACUACAGAGGGCGCUGGGAAACCUUUGUGGAACAAACACUAUCAGAAACCAACAGAAAGAAUGCUAUAGACCUGGUCGGAACUGGAAAUCCUCAACCUUCCUCAGAGGAUGAUAUGGAGAGCCCCUUCCCCAAAGAGCUGACAGUACAGCAGGCAUUUUCAGACUACCAAAUCCAGCAGAUGACAGCUAACUUCGUGGAUCAGUUUGGGUUCAAUGAUGAGGAAUUUACUGAUCAUGACGACAGCAUUGGUGCAACUUUUGACCGGAUUGCAGAGAUCAAUAUCAACAUUGAUGCAGGCCAAGAUAGUGCUAAUGCCGCUGUGUUUGAGGCCUGUUCCAAGGAGAGAAUUCAGCCCUUUGAUGAUGAUGAGGAGGACAUCUGGGAGGAAAAAGCAAUCAACUAUGCAACACAAGCUAAGUCAAGAAACAGGUUUGGUGGGUUACAGUCCUCCCAAAGCCAAACACCCAGUUCGACUCUUGAUAUGCCAGCAAGUUCUGAUGCUGACAUCCUUGACAGAGCAGCAGACUCAGAUUCUGAGGAAGAAGACCCUAAAGAGGACCUGGAUUCUUUUUCAAGUCAGGACCAGUCAGAAUCAACUAAGAGUAGUGGCUGGGUAGCAGACUUCGGAGAGGUGAACUCAAAGGCUCCUGCAGCAGGGGCGGCCUUUUCUCCCUGGGACACUGCAGUCUCCCAACCAGCUGCAUCAGAGGCUGAGGAGAAGGGGUGGGCCAAGUUCACCGACUUUCAGCCUUUCUGUUGCUCUGAAACAAGACCCAGAUGCAGUUCCCCGGUGGACUCGGAGCUCAGUGGAUCAGACAACACCAAACCAAACCCGAAUCCCUGUGUGUGGAGUGCAUGCGUGGCAAGAAAAGCUCCACUAGUGGCAUCAGACAGUUCCUCCUCCAGCAGUUCAGACAGCGACGAAGAAGAAGGAAAAACAGAGUCCACAUCCAAUGAAACGGUCACCACAGAGACUAUCACCACAGGUGCUGGCAAGGAGACCAUCCGGCUUACUGUGGAUGCCAAAAAUGAAAGGGCAGUCUUCACUAGCGAAGCGGAUAAGGUGCCACUAGAGGGACUGUCCGUUAAAGGGAAAGACAGUGAAAGAGAAGAUGGAAAGGAGAAGAAACAUGGAAACAGUUCCAGCCCAAUUACCGCCAGUCCAACUAACCAGUCAGCUGCUGUUAAACAAGAGAUGCAGUCCUCUGCUAACGGACCGGCCUAACGAUGCAGCACAGGUCCACAUUUCAUACCUUUUUAAUUCAACAUAAAGCCUUGCCACCUUUGCUUCCUGUUAGCAGCCCUCCAAUGUCCUUUUGUCGUGUCUAAAGACGUGUAAGUGGAUGGAAAAUACUCGGUUCUGAGGUCAAACAGCAUUUAUGCUGGAAAAGUGAAAUUUUUAUGGGUACUUUCAAUGUCUGCACUGCACCUUCAUUACAUAAUCACAGAACUGAAGUGUUUCAACGAGUGAAAUGUGUGUUCUGUAGAACAUGCCAUUGCGUCAGUCGGCCAAAACCAGCCAAUUAUGUUGCACAUUUACUUUUCAUGACUGUACUCAAGAAAACAAUUAAUUCUGAAACUUUUUUAUUAAAUUUAGUAUCAGAAUUUUGGAUGAUUUUAGCUUGUCUGCAUAAAAUGUCACGGUCAUUAAGGCCCAGUUAAUUUGUCCAGCACAGGAUUUGACUGUUUACAUUUUAGUAAAAAAAAAUAAAUAAAUAAAAACAACAACAACAAAAAAAAAACUGUACACUAAUAAUCAGGCAAGAUGCUUGCAAAGCUGGCUAGUUGCUAUUCUCUUCACAGAUGUCUUCAGCAUUUCAUGUGCAGACAUUUUAUUAGUAUAGAUGCGUAAGCGAUGAUGAUUUGGCUUUCCUCAUACAUGCUAUUUGAAUUUUUCAGUCAAGAAUUUAUUUUCUGCGAUUACUUUGGACAGAAGUUUUCAUUUGCCACAAAUGAAGGCUUGAUUUUGGGAGAAUAUUGUGUCACUUCUUUCUCUGAAAGAUUUAUGUAGUUUAGAAGUGUUGUGUCCAUGUGCUAGUAGAUGUGUGUGUGUGUGUGUGUGUGUGUAUGUAUGUGUUGGAGCUCUGUUUGAAGUACAGAGUGUAUUCUCAGGUCAAAUGAGAUGUAUGCAGAUAGAAAGAAAGCACACCUGUGUAACACACCCACACACACACAGAUACACCUUUCCAAAUACAUAUGUAUAAACAGCCAUAUUCACAAACAGAUGCAAAAAG